CAUAGCUCAGCCUCUUGUCAUGUAUUAAUACACGCAGUCUUCUUUCACAAGCAAUCAUUCUUGGACUGAGGAAACGUUGCCAUGAAUAACUCCAGCAAGCCAACCACGGACAACUUCUCUGAAUACGACAGCCUAGUUCCAGGUGUUUACGAGCCCCUCAUCUGCAACAACAGCAAUGUAAUGGAUUUUAGCCAAGUCUUCCUCCCUACAGUCUACAGCAUUGUCUUCAUUGUGGGGUUCAUUGGCAAUGGCCUGGUGUUGUGUGUCCUGGUCAAGUAUCACAAACCAUUCAACAUGUCAGAUCUGUGCCUCUUCAACCUGGCCAUUUCAGACCUCCUCUUCCUUAUGUCAUUGCCUUUCUGGGCCGACUACGCUGCCAAAUCUUAUUGGGCAUUCCCAGAGUUCAUGUGCCAUGCAGUGACAGCACUCUACAUGCUGGGCUUCUAUGGAAGUAUCUUCUUCAUGAUCCUCAUGACGGUGGACCGCUACGCUGUCAUUGUCCACACUUAUACCUCCCUCAUCUCCAAGUUCCGCUCUGUCAGAGCUAGCAUAGCGCUAGCAUUGUUUGUGUGGACACUGAGCUUGGGAGCCUCUCUGCCAAACAUAAUUAUCUCAAAUGUGAGUAAUGUAUCAAAUGUAUCAGUAUGCAGUGUGACAGAUCCAAGGAACAUAUGGAAGCCAUUCCAUUACAUUGAGCUGAACAUCCUUGGUUUUAUUAUUCCUCUCUCAGUGAUGCUGUUCUGCUACUUGCGUAUCAUCCCCAUCUUAAUGACCAUGAAUUCUCAGAAGAAACACAAAGCUGUCAGGCUCAUGGUGGUCAUAGUCACGGUUUUCUUCCUCUUCUGGACACCCUACAACAUUGUCAUCUACCUGAAGCUCCUGCAAGCACUGGGCUACAUGACCAGCCAUCAUUGCAAUCAGGACCUGCACAUGGCUGUACAGUGGGUGGAAUCCAUAGCGUUCUGUCACUGCUGCCUCAACCCCAUAAUCUAUGCCUUUGUGGGGCAGAAAUUCAGGAAUUUAUUUUUAAAGAUCCUGAAAGAGUGGUUUCCUCUUUGCUUUGGGCAUUGCACAACAGUUGAAAGCAAGUCCUCAGAGAGAACAACCUCCAUGUACUCACGCGCCUCAAUGAUUUCCACCACAAAGACAAAAUUAAAAGUGUAACUGUUAUCGCUUGUUAUCCCCAAAGCCUAUUUCAGUUUGUAAAAAGACCAUAAUACUUUGAGUUUCCCAAUUUUUUUUACAGUAGGUUGGUGAUUGUUUUAUAUGGUUUAUACUUGCUUUCUAUAAUUAGUUCAUUUUCAUCUAAUUGUGCAAAUAUUGCCUACAACAAGGAACAAGCCCAUCUGAAGAAUAAUCGAAGAAUGUCACCAAUUAUAUGAGCAUUAAAUAUUAAUUUAUAAAUAAAAUGUUAAACAAACAUUUAUUGACAGAAAACUUCAGCAUAUCAAUAAUUAGACACAUUCGUCUUUGUAAAAUAACAUGAAUACCCUGAGAUUAUGUACAUUUUCCUGCAAACAAGUCUAUGUAUAAAUUGUUACAGAAAACCACUUCUGACCAAUUAGAUUAAUUCAGGAGCACUCUGGAAUGAAUCAUGACAAAGGAUGAUUCCUUCUUUUUUUUUUAUUUGGUGGGUGCUUUAUUGUCCUGACUUAUCAUUCUGUGCUGAAAAAAGUCAAGUGAAUAAAUAAACCCAAGGUGUUCAAAAAUUGUAUUUCACAAGACAUGAUUAAAAAUGGCUACUUUA